GCCCGCACUGGAUCGCUACUCCUCUGGGAAUUAUCCACAAAUAAAUUUUAAAAUUAAAAAAAGGCGAAAAAUUCCCUGUACUCUUCUAUUGCGUCGCGUCGAAGAUGCCACUGUCCGUAAACCUCUCACCGCCUGUGACCGGAACAAUCCGUAGCCACCGGAGGACGGCUUCCCUCUGCGAAUCUCCGUCUGCAAGUCAACGCUUCUUUCCGAUUCAUCCCGAUGUCCGAUGCUCCGCAAUCUCCGCCUCGACGAGAUUGCUGAGGAAACCGCCGUGUGUGGUGGUGGCUAAAGCCAUUGAACAGAGCCGAGAUACCACGGAAUCGGAGCCAGAGUCGGAUUCUCCGGCGUCGGAAGGCGGAAAAUACGCGGAGGAGGAGCAGAGCCUGAUCGGAGCCGAGAUAAAGGCGGCGAUGGAGCAGAGGAAAUCGGCGGCGGAGGAGGAUAGAGGGAAGAGUGAGCUUCUGAGCGGAGUGGCGGAGGAGGUGAGGGAAAUCGAGUGGCCGGCGUUUCAGAAGGUGCUCGGUACGACCGGCGUCGUGCUCGGCGUCAUCGCCGGAUCCAGCGUCGUCUUGCUCACCGUCAAUUUCAUCUUGGCCGAGCUCUCCGAUCGUGUUUUCGCCGGAAAAGGUGUUCAAGAUUUCUUCAGCUGAACCAAGAAAAAAAGCUCUCUUUUUUCUUUCCUUCUGGGCACUUGUGGAAACCCUAAUUUUGUUGUAUUUUGCACAACUUCGCAAUCCAACGAGAGAUUCAAGCACAAAAACUGAUUCCCAGAUCACAUUUCUUGUAGUCUCUAAUGGUUCUGAACAAUCAAAACAACCAAGAUUUUCAGAGAAAGGUCA